UGGGCCCUUUACCUCCUUUAAUUAUUGCUAGUAACCCAGGAGUAUUUGUGUUUCUCUCCAGGGAUGAAGCCAGGGAUGCCCCUCUUCGGAUUCUUGGUGACCCUGAGCCUGAGCCAGGCAUCUGGAUCUUCCAUAAAUGAUAUCUUGGAGACACAGCCAGAUCCAUUCUUUUUGAGCAGCACUGAUGAAGCCAAGGAGCUGGUGGAUGCUGCAUACAAGUACGAACGGGACAGCAAAGGAGGCUUUCUGGAAAAAGGACAUCAGCCCCUCAGAUAUCCUGAGACAUUUAAAGGAGCCAGUGGGAGGAACCAGGUCUGCAAUCCGAGCUGCCGAUUACAUGGAAACCACCCUGAGCCUCCUGAAGAAGAAGUUGCUUCGCAUGGUGAAAGGAGAAUUUAAUAUCACAGAUGUACUAAGUAGGAAGCAGCAGGAAAUGAUUUCCAAGGCAACUGGUUGCGACUAUCAGAUUCGUUCCGUUAAGUGCCCGAAGAGUAGCAUUUACCGGACCAUUACUGGAGAAUGCAACAACAGGAAGCAUUCUUAUUUUGGAGCUUCCAAUCAUGGCUAUGCCCGAUGGCUCCCGGCGGAGUAUGAGGAUGGAGUGUCUCUUCCCAGAGGAUUAACUGAAGGAAAACUUUACAAUGGAUUUCCGCUCCCACUGGUUCGAAAAGUGUCAAAUGAAAUAAUUCACACAGCCAAUGAGAAUGUCACCCAAGACCAGGAGCGCUCUCUCAUCUUCAUGCAGUGGGGUCAGUGGGUUGACCACGAUUUGGACUUAGCCCCUGUUACUGUUAGGAAGAUCAACAAUAAAGAAGUUCAUUGUGAGACCAGUUGCACCUUUGAGCUACCUUGCUUCCCAAUUAAGUUUCCCCCUGAUGAUCCACGAAUUAAGGACCCAAAUACUUGUAUGCCAUUUGUCUGUACAGCUCCAGUGUGCAAUGCCAGAACAUUUAUGCGAGAGCAGAUCAAUGCAAUCACCUCAUUCUUGGAUGCCAGCAUGGUGUAUGGCAGUGAAGUACCUUUAGCUAAGAGUCUUAGGAAUCAGACAAAUCAGCUUGGUUUGAUGGCGCUGAACCAGAACUUUACUGAUGCAGGGUUGGGAUUACUGCCCUUUGAGAACAAUUCCCAAAGCCCCUGUUUAUUCACAAACAAGAUCAUGAAUAUCCCCUGUUUUAAAGCAGGUUCUGGUGGGAGAAUCCUGGGGUUUUCACUCCACAGCAGCGCCAUGCCCUGA